UGUUGGAGAGACACAUAGUUUCGUUGGCAAACCAACACACAAAUCCCCAACUCCUGCUUUUCUUUGCGCGAUCACGGUUCCUUUGGUUGCUUGUCAGUUGGCAUCCGAGUGCCAGUCAUAACGGGCUUUAUAUAUUUUUCUAUAAACCAUAGUGUUUUUUACAAUUUAAACGUAUAAGUUUAUGUUAUUUAAACGUCAUUAUACAAUAUAAUGAUAAAAGUAUAAAUUGCAUUACAUACUUUUUGUGUUUGUGCAUUGAUUUCAUAAUUUUAUUUUGUGCACAAGUGGAUUUUUAAAUUAAUUUCUCUUUGUUAUUUAAAAUAACAAAUUAAUAAUUUUGCAUAUUAAAUUUUGUUACUUGAUAUAUAUUUGUGAAUUAUUUAGAGCAUAAAAUAGCUCAGGUGAAAAUAAUUAUAUUAUAUUAUCCAAAUGAGGAUUUAAAAUAUAUAUCAAUUUUUUCUUUUCAUUUUGGAGCAACAAGUGGUAUAAUAGCUAAGAAUUAUUUGAUAUAAAAAAAAACACAUUGAAUAAUAUCUCACCAGGUGUUAGAUAUAUACAGAUAAAUAUAAAUAUUUUUUUAUAUAAUUUAUUACUGAUGAAUAACUAAAAUAUAUAUUUGUGCACUAAUUGUCAUCAUAAAUGAACAUCGUGAAUGCACUCAAGCAUAUCAUGACUUGACGUUGUAUAUUUUUAGAGUAUACACAAAAGAAUGCGUACAAGGUGUGCCAUAAAAACAUGUUUGAAAAAAAAGCCAAAGUAAUCAUCAUCAACAACAACGACAACAAUAAAAAAACUGAAUAAAAAAUUAUCAAUAUAUUUGUUAAUAAUAACAACAACACCAACAAAAAAAAAAACCAUAUUAAAAUUUAAAAAUAAAAAAAAAAAAAGAGCUAAACGAGAAAAAUAAAAAUGCGAAACGGAGCUCAGGCACAACAAACAGCGGUGAUGGCGCCGCCUCACCUGAACGGAUCGGCACAGUUUAUAUCCGGCGGAUAUGUCGGUUAUGUGUCUCGUCAAUCCUGGUCCCAAUUUCAAACUGUACAACAACAACAGCAACAACAACAAAAUCAAAAUCAAAGACGUAAUGGUAGUAAUAGACCUAUUUCUCAUCCACCACCACCACCAUCACCCUCAACAACAACAACAACAACAACAUCAUCAUCAUCAUCCUCGUCAUCAUCAUCGUCAUCAUCACAAGCAUCUCCUACAACACAUCAACGUAAUAUUAAUGGUGGACAACAACAAUUACAACAAAAACAACAACAACAAUCAAAAAAUAAUUCUCUUCCGCGAUCGCGAAUCACGCAAACAAGAAGUACGACGCCCUCGAAGGUUGAUCCAGAAUUGAUAUUUACAAAACAAGAAAGAAUUGGAAAAGGUAGUUUUGGAGAGGUAUUCAAGGGUAUUGACAAUAGAAGUCAGCAAGUUGUUGCUAUUAAAAUCAUUGAUUUGGAAGAAGCUGAAGAUGAAAUUGAGGAUAUUCAGCAAGAAAUUAUGGUAUUGUCGCAGUGCGACAGUCCAUAUGUCACAAAAUAUUAUGGAUCUUAUCUCAAGGGAACGAAAUUAUGGAUCAUCAUGGAAUAUUUGGGUGGUGGAUCAGCAUUAGAUCUCAUGAAAGCCGGAAGCUUUGAGGAAAUGCAUAUUGCUGUUAUUCUACGUGAAGUAUUAAAAGGCCUUGAUUAUUUACACAGUGAACGAAAACUUCAUCGAGACAUUAAAGCUGCCAAUGUUUUAUUGAGUGAAAUGGGUGAUGUUAAAUUGGCUGAUUUUGGUGUUGCUGGUCAACUAACAAAUACAACAAGUAAAAGAAAUACAUUUGUUGGUACACCAUUUUGGAUGGCACCAGAAGUCAUUAAACAAUCUGCCUAUGAUUCAAAAGCAGAUAUUUGGUCACUUGGUAUAACAGCAAUUGAAUUAGCAAAAGGUGAACCACCAAAUAGUGAAUUACAUCCAAUGAGAGUAUUAUUUUUAAUACCAAAAAAUAAUCCACCUCAAUUAACUGGAAAUUAUACAAAACAAUUUAAAGAAUUUGUUGAAGCAUGUCUUAAUAAAGAUCCAGAAAAUCGUCCAACAGCAAAAGAAUUAUUAAAAUUUCAAUUUAUACGUAAAGCUAAAAAAAAUUCAUAUCUUAUUGAUUUAAUUGAUAGAUAUAAAAAAUGGAAAUCACAAAGAAGUGAAGAAUCUGAAACUGAAAGUGAAAAUUCAGAUUCAGAAGAAUCAAAACAAGAUAGUGAUUUAGAUGAACCAUGGAUUAUGACUGUUAAAGGACCACAUGUUGGUAAAACAAAUAUUGUAUCAACAGUAUUAUCACAAAUUGAUGAACAAUCAUGUUCAUUAAAUCAAAAUAAAUUAACAACAAAUACAACAACAACAACAAUAAAUCAUCGUGGUGAUAUUAAUAAUCAACAAUUAUUAAAAACAACAACAACAUCAAAUGGUGGUAGUAGUAUUAAUAUUAGUGGUAUUAAUAAAUCACCAUCAAAAGAUAUAACAAUAAAUCAACAUUAUAGAAAUGAUAUUGGACAACAAAGUAAACAUAAUAAUAAUAAUAAUAUUAAUACAAAUAAUAAUAAUAGUAAUAAUAAUACACCUGUAAGACCACAUGAUAUUGCACCAGCACCACCAGUUGAAUUACGUGAUAAACGUGAUUAUUGUGAAUGGAAAAGAGAAUUAAAAGAUAUACGUGAACGUGAUAAUAAUAAUACACAAGAUAAAAAAAAUAGUAAAACUGAUAUAACAGUAUUACAAAAUGAUGAUAAACAAAGACCAAGAAGUUCACAAGAUUCUAAAACAUCUAAAAGUCAAGUAUUAACAUCUGUUAUAAUACCAUUGUUAAGUGAAUUACAAAGAAAAUAUCAAUAUUCAACAAGAGAUAAUAAUAAUGAAACAUCUAGUACUGGAAGAAAUUUAAAUAAUAAUAAUAUAAAUAAUAAUAUAAAUAAUAAUAAUAAUAAUAGUAGUAGUGGUGCUAUUGAUGAAUUAAAAAGCGCAUUUGAAAUUGCUGAAAGAACAUCACCUGGUAUUAAUGAAGCACUUGUCAGAGAAAUUCUUAAGGCAUUAUUACCAGCAAAUCAUUCAGACAGUAGAUUGUCUAUGCUCAUGGAAAAAGUUAUUUUAAGGGACACGUAGGAACAGGCAUGGACAAAUUUAUCCAAGAGACUGUUAUUUUUCAAGACUUUAACGUUGUGAAAAUAAAUAUAUAUAUAUAUUAUAAAUAUAAUAUAUCGUAAUUAAAUAUGCGAUUAAAAUUAUUUGCUGAUAAUACUGGAUGACCCAUUUUAACAAAAUCACGAUAAUGAUAAUCACGUGCCAGUGGUCUAUUCAAAUUCCUGCCUAUUUUAAAGUUGAAAAAAAAAAAAUAACAAAAUAAUAAUUAAUUUGAUGCAGACGAUUUUUAUUUAAAAAAAAAAAAAAAAAAAUCUAGAUGUAUAUUUUUCUUUGAGUUGUUUGUUUUUUUUGAAAAAAAAAAAACAAAUAAUAUAUUUUUUUCUCAAGUUGUUGAUUUUUAUUAUAUAUAAUUUCUUAUAUUUUUUAAUUUUAAUAUAGGCUGGUAAUAAUAAAAAAAAAAAAAAAGUUUAAAAUUAUUUACCAUUAUGGGCAGUAAAUGUUUUGAAGUAUUUUGUUAAUCGUUGCGCAUCUAGAGUUAGUUUAUAUAUAAAAUAAAAAAUUAAAACAAAAAAAAGGCAAUCAGUAAUAUAUUUAUUACUGAUAUAAAAAUAAUAAAUUUAAAAAAAAUAAAAAUGCCAUGUAAAUAUGUAUUUAGAAAUAUAAGAUAUUAAUUAAUUAUUGUUAUGGUUGACAAUAUUCUGUCAACUUGUUUCCACCCAAGUUCUGACACCCACAAUGGGAGUUUUGUUCCACAAAAAUAUAUUUAUAGAUAUAUUAAAGAAAAAAAAAAAAAACGUUCAAGAUAAGGUAUAAAAUGUUACCCUCUCUUAACACCUAUAAAACAUUGGACAAGUUGUUUUUAAUAUAUUCUUUUCUUUUUUUUUCUCUUCCACACAUUUAUUAACUACUUUAAGAAAUAAACAUUUUUCUUUUAUUCUUUUUGUUUAUCCUUUUUUUGAAUAAAUAAAUAAAAUAUUUAAAUAAUACUCUCAGUUUUAUUCUUGUUCUUAAAACGAGAUUUAGAUAAAAUGUUAAAUCAGAGAAAAAAAAUAUAAAAUUAACACACAAAUCUUAUAAAGUAAACAGAACAAAAAAAAGAAAUAUAAAAAAAAAACAG